GGCUCAGACAGAACUUGGGCCGGGCGGUUUCGGCAGGGCGCCAAAAGUGGCGUGACUCUGUGAGCGCGCAGCCCAACUUGGAGAGUCAUGCGGACGGCGACGACCAGCGUGCAUCCAACAGCUGUGCCCCUGAGCGAGGAGGCGGACGAGGACGACGAGAUGGUUCGCCAAGCAUUGCUGGAAGGCAUCCAGCGCCUCUCUGCCGAUCCAGAGGUAUCCAGCGAGUGGCGACUCUGCCUGGCGGUUCUUCGGGCGCUGAUCUUCGGAUCUUUCGCGGUGGCAGGGCUCUACCUGCAGAGCUGGUGGUGCUCGACGCAUCCCUUUGUGGAAGCCGUCUCCAGCAUCACUGGCACGCUUGGGGCCAAUACCUCGGUGUCUUCAGUCGAGGACAACUGCUUGGUGGACUUGAAUGUGCAGGACAUCUGGGCACAAAAGAUCAGGGAGUUCGGGGAGCUCGGGUCCAUGGAGGUUAAGAUCACGCCGGUGGGUACGAAUGCCACAUUGCAGACGCUGUGGUGGUACAACAGCGAAGAGGCUUACCAGAACCGGCGGGGCUGGGUGUAUUUGCUGAGCUUGGGAGCCCGGCUGAUGCAUCCAGUCCACGUGGACCUGACCAUCAACAAGGUGAUGACGGAGGCGGAAUACAUCACUGAGGUGCAAGCAGCCUUGGAGAAGUUCCACAAUGACGCGCAGGGCGUCAGCAUUCUGAAAGGCGAUUUCAUGGUGGACAAUCUCGCAAAGCACGAUGAGAUGACUUGGCACGACAACCGCUGGAACUACUACAAAGCCAGCUGGGAUUGGCAGUUCCUGUGCUCCGUGGCCUUUGUGAUUAUUUUCGUCUUGAUGUCAACGAUGAUAAAGUUCGUGGUCAUGGAGGCGGAGCGCGAUUGGAAGGCCGCCUGCGAGGUCUGGAUAGCUCAGCACGACAAGCUUUGGUAUAAGCUGCGGCGCAGAUACAAGUACGCGCACCGCUCGCACACAUUGGACCCAGCUGUCUUCAAGGAGCAGUUGAAGAAUGCCAAAGAGGCCGACAAGCCAGGAGCAGCAGCCGGCGUCACUAUAGAGGUCCCGCUCAAGGACCGGCUGAAGAUGUGUUCGCCUUUCUUCGUCCUGGACAACAGCAUCGCCAACGCAUACCGCUGCGAGGAAGAGGCGCUUUGGGCGUGUGCUUCGGCACUUCUGCACGCCGCCACCUUCUCGUGCUGCCCCGUCUUCAUGUGCAUGGCCUGUCACUUCAAGCCGGACUGGGUGGAUGCGUUCAACUAUAUGUUGGGCGUCUAUGCCUUGAUCAGCAUCCCCCUGGGCUUCAGCUAUUACUUUGCAUUGGACCACGGCCGGCUGAAUAUCGUCUUCUCCGGCCUGCAAAUUGUGCUGAUGUUCUGCUGGGUCGUGCUGACCCUGCUGUACAUUGUCAGUUCCCUGGUGUACCUCUCCUCCGUCUCUGCAGUGGACCCGGCGAUGAUCCAAAACGCGCUGGUGCCGCUGGCGACCAUGUUUGCCUAUGUCACCGUUAUCUUCAGCCGCCUGAAGGCGCUGCAAGAACACUACGUGGCGGUGGGCCAAGGGAAAGCGCCGAAAGGUUUCGUGCUGAGCGUGAUCCACCGCCUGGGCCUCUCCACCGCGAUGAUCAUCAUCAUUUGCCUGGAAGGCCUCGUCUCCCUCUUCGGCAUCUUCCUCCUGCAGGUCGCCAUGAGGAAUCUGUACGCGGGCGCCGCGGGCGCGCGCACCUACGACCUGGUUCAGUGCGCGGUGCUGCCCAGCUUCGCCCUGGUCAACGGCAUAAUCAAGCUGAAGAACGACAGCCGCUCCGAUGCGGAGGACGCCAUUCUGCCGGACUGGGUGAACACCUUCCAGGACAUCAUUUAAGUGCAGGCGGAGUUCGUUUUGCUGGUGAGCCAAUAAGGCAUUUGAUGCAGCGCAUCUUAGCACGCCAGGCAUCUCCAAAUAAGCAGUACCUGGCUUUCGUUUCAGACCAACUUCGUUGUCCGAGUGGAGAAGGAUUGCACUCAACUUGAAGUGGUUUUGACCACAGGCUGGGCAUCGCUUUCCCAAAGUCUUUGCCCAGGAUGUUUUCG